AUGGCACAAGCCAGCGAGUUGUGCAAAGUGUUUUUCACAACAAUUAACAAAGUAUACCACAUUUUGCGCGAAGAGUCCUUCAGCGAAGAGCUUGCAACCUAUUCAAGAGAUCCCGAAUCUGCAGACUUGGGGUGGUUGGCGCUACUCUGCGCUGUGUUAUCUCAAGGCAUGUUGUUGCAGCAAGCUUCAACAGCCUGGAAACCAACCAGUACCAGUUUUAGCGGCCGAGACGAGGCUGAAAAGCUGCUUGAAACUGCUCAAUCAUGCAUUGCGCAGACUGCUUUUACGGCUAGACCGACGAUUGCAGCUAUUCAGUGCCUAUGCAUAACGGCUGUCUCGCGCCAGCUGGCCCCGUUCUCAUGCUACGAUACCGACUCGGCCUGGGUAUUGACCGGCCUGAUCCUCAAGCUUGCCUACAGCUUGCGCUUGCAUGACUCCAAGAGAAUUCCAGAUCUUAGCGAAAGCGAACGAGAGAAGCGUGAAAUGCUCUGGCAUGCGAUCGUCCAUUUGGAGCUGAGACAAUCGCUCACUGCAGGCAAACCAACCAUGUUGAGGCUCCGAGAUCUGGCGAGUCUACAACGGGUUGAUAGCGGGUUCUCUAAUGCAGCAUGGGUCUCUGCCUUGCCGGUGGUAGCCGAGAUCUUGGACGAGAAGCAUUCGGCAGAACCCACAGCACUGUCUCGUCAGUCAAUCGCACAAUACGAUUAUGAGCUUCGUCGACUACUCCGGCGCGCUGACGAGAGCGACGUGGCUAGCACGACCGUGGGCAUUCAGCACCAUCAGCACAUUGCUCUUACUAUUUUCAUUCGCCGUACUCGGCUCGCGUUACACUAUCCCGAAUCAUCCGAGCCGGAUGCGUUCCUGCAUUAUCCGGAAGGCUACUGGGCAUCUCUGGAAUGUUGUCUCGGGCUACUGGCGCUCCAACGCACGCUUGAUGAAUGCUGCCAGCCCUCCGGUUGCUCAUGGCUUGCGGAGCUUUUCAAGGAGGACUUUUAUACCGCAGCCUUGACACUCUGUCAGUACUUGCUACAAGACGUGACGCGCAUGGGACUGGCUGCUCCGCCCUUACACGCCGAUACCGGAUCCAGCAGCGGCCUACAAAACCAUCCGAAGGAAACGGUCAUGGAGACUCUUAGGAGCUGUCGAGACAUUUGGGAUCGAAAGAAGGGCUUAAGCUUCUGUCAGAGCAUGGCAUACAAGGUUUUCAAUGCGGUGCUCAAGAAAAUUGAGGAGGCAGAGACCACUGGUCCCACACAAGGUUCGUAG